UGUCAUGUAUAUUGAAUACCACAAACAUUAAAAAAAAAAAAAAGGAGUUUUAAUAUUUAAUAUAUAUAUUUAUAUUUAUAAUUAUAUAUCAAGAAUCAAGAUGGCAAGUGCUCAAUGCAAUCGUGAUCAAUUCAAUAGCCAAGCUGAGGCCAAAUCAGAGCAAUGGGUAGAAUCAGGUAACAGUAGAGCCUCUGUUAACAAAGUUGAAGAUGCAAUCCAAAGAGCUCGUGAAUCAGCUCAACAAAAAAGGGAACAAAAUUCUGGAUUCCUUCACCAUACUGGAGAACAAAUGAUGCACAUGGCUCAAGAUGCUGUUGAUGGGGUGAAGAACACAUUUGGAAUUGGAUCAAACAAAAAUAAGUGAAAGACAAUACUACCAUUUUUCCAGGGAAUUAUCAUCACUAUGUUAUAAGCAUUUGUAACUAAUCAGAAUUAUCAUCACUAUGUUAAUAUUUUAAGCAUGUUAUAAUUUGUUUAUUUGUGUUUGGGUAUCAAACUACUUGU